AUGCAAUGCCGCACCCUGUGGCUUCUGGGCGAUGACGUCCGCAACGCGGCGCACGUCUUCACCGCUGUAACAGCUUGCAAGGUCGUGAUGCUCUUCCUUGAAACGCGCACCAAACGCAGGGCCCUCUUGCUGAAGUGGCAGCAUGUCGGACCAGAGGCCACGAGCGGCAUCAUCAAUCGUCUAUUCUUUUGGUGGCUAAAUCGCCUCAUGAUGAGUGGCUUCAAUGGAAACCUCUCCACUUCGUCGCUCUACGACCUAGACGAUGAGCUGCUUUCAGAGCCACUCCUGGAUAGGCUGCGCUUGUAUUGGCGCAUCAACAAGGCGAGGGCUGAUAGUAAAUAUCCCCUGGUCUGGGCAUUGCUGCAGGCCGUCCGCGGCGGAUUGCUAGUAUGCAUCGUCCCCCGACUGUGCUAUUCGGCACUGAAGCUCUCGGAGCCAUUUCUGCUUCUCCGUGUGGUGCAGUACAUGGAUGACGCUCGACAAGAGCAGCGAGAGACAGGAUAUGCUUUAAUUGUCGCCACCGGCCUGGUGUACGCCGGCCGUGCUUUUGCCAGUAACUUUUACGACUACAAACAGCGCAGAUACAUGACUAUGAUUCGCGGCGCUCUGUCUGCUCUCGUCAUGCACGAAACGGCAGACUUGCACAACGCCGCCGCGGGAUCGGCCACCGUAACCCUUAUAACGUCCGACGUGACGCGCGUUGCGGACAGCUUCGACGCCCUGCACGAGAUUUGGGCCAGCAUUUUGGAACUCUUCUUUGCCAUUUGGCUACUCCAGCGACAGCUAGGUCUCGGAAGCAUCGGCCCUCUCAUUGUCGUCGCAGUGUCGUAUGUCCUAAUGAAGAUGCUGUCCGCCCGCAUGCCUCCUGCUCAAAAGACGUUGAGUGGGGCCAUUGAGAAGCGGGUUUCGACAACUUCGUCUAUUUUGGCAUCCAUGAAGGAGGUCAAGAUGCUCGGGCUCGUGGCAUUGUGGCUCGACAAGAUCCAGGGCCUCAUGGUUCGCGAACUUGCGUAUUCAUCCAGGAUGCGCACACUCGUCGCCUAUAUGAAUGUGUUUGCCAACAUCCCUUCCUACCUUGCGCCAAUGUCGGCGUUCGGCAUCGCCAUCUUCGCGUCCGGUCUCGGGGCGUCGGAGCUUUCAGUGGGCAAGAUCUUCACCUCACUUGCCAUCAUUGGCCUCAUCUCGGGUCCUUUGGCCCAGCUUCUCUACACUGUGCCUAGUGUAGUUCGUUCUCUUGCAAGUUUCGACAGAUUACAAGAGUUCCUAGACAAGGUCGCCGAGUCGAGGUCACUUCGAGACGAACCACGCGAUGGCAGCGAUAAUGAAGCUGCGCCGUACAAGGACGACCUCGAUUUCCCAGCGGAAGUGUCGAUUGCGGUCGAGCACGCAAGCUUCCGGUAUAACGUAGGAGACGAUCCAAUUCUUCGAGACAUCAACGUCCGCGUCCCAAGGGCCUCAUUCGCGCUUGUGGUCGGCAAGGUCGGCACAGGCAAGUCGACGCUGAUGAACGCGCUUCUGGGCGAGUUGAACACCAGCGGCAGUGUCUACAUCGACCGCAACGCCCAAGGCAUCGCAUACUGCGCGCAAACGCCGUGGCUUGUCAAUGCCACGAUCCAGCAGAACAUCGUUGCGCAGUCGAGUAUGGAUCAAGACUGGUACGACACCGUGGUUCGCGCGUGUGCUCUCGACGUGGACUUUGCUAGUCUACCACGCGGAGACCGGUCUCUGGUCGGGACAAAGGGCAUCUCUCUCAGCGGCGGCCAGAAGCACCGAGUGGCUCUAGCGCGUGCCGUAUACGCCAAGAAGAGUAUUCUGUUCAUAGAUGACGUACUCAGCGGCCUCGAUUGGGCGACCCAAGCUCAUGUCUGGACCCAAGUGUUUGGUCCUCAGGGGCUUCUUCGGCGAAGCCAAUCCACCGUCGUCUUGGCUACGCACUUUGUCAAGAAGAUACAAGAUGCCGACGCUGUUAUCCUCCUCGAGGACGGUACGAUUGCUCUACAGGAGUCGCCCGAAGCCAUUAGUACCAUGGAGCAAUUCACCAGGCUUCUAUCCGAGAGCAACAACCAGUCUUUGUCCGACACCUCAUCUAGCAACACGGAUGAAGAUAUUGACGCGACACCAAAAGUCGCGACAGAGGGAAAGGCCGCCAAGUCUGUGACAGUUCAAUCAGAUGACGAGGACCCAGAUCUUGCAGUACGAAAGGUUAGCGACUCGGCCUUGUAUGCAUACUAUUUCGAGCAUAUCGGUUGGGCGUACGGCCUGUCGUGUUUCUUAUCCGGAUUCAUAUCUCCAUGCACCAGCCUGGCUGCAAGCAUAUGGAUGAAGACCUGGGCCGAAGCAAACGAGAGCCAACGCCAUGUCAGCACUGGGUUUUACUUUGGGGUCUACGCUGGGCUUGAGGUGUUCAAUAGCGUGAUGAUUGGCUUCGAUAUUUGGUAUCUUCUCGCAGUAGUGACUAUCAGAGCUACACGAGGAGUUCAUCUAGACCUUCUCCAGACUGUCAUGGGGGCGCCUCUUUCGUUCUUCGCCGGCACCGAUACGGGCGAUGUCCUAAACCGAUUUAGCAAGGACAUCUCGUUUGUAAAUAUGAACAUGCCCACGGCGCUGCUGACAACUUGGUUCGGCCUCCGUACUGUCGUCAUGAACUCCAUUCUCGUCCUCCCGGGGUCCAGUUACCUCUCUAUCGCAAUCCCGUUUACUGUCAUAUUCGUGUACGUUUUGCAGAAAUUUUAUGUCCGCACGUCGCGCCAGCUUCGCCACCACGAGCUCCAGUCGUCGGCGCCGCUCAACACGCACCUCUUGGAAACGAUCGAUGGGCUGGCCACCAUACGCGCAUUUGGCUGGCGUGCUGCCUACCGCAAAUCGGCACUCGCAUUGCUCGACGACUCUCAGAAGCCGCACUACUUGCUCUUCUGCAUUCAGCGGUGGCUCAACCUCGUACUGGACCUAUAUGUCGCUGGUCUUGCGGUGUUCCUCGUAGCGCUGGGGGUGCUGGUACCGGGAUCCAGUACGAAAGGCGCCAUGGCCCUGGCGCUCCUCAACGUCCUGGGCCUGGGAAGCUCCUUGGCAAACCUGGUCGGUUCCUGGACGUCGCUGGAGACGUCUCUGGGCGCUCUCGCACGCAUCAGGGACUUUGAGAACGAGACGCCGCAGGAAAUUGCGCCUGCGAAGCCAGAGGAGAAGGGCGACUCGGACUGGCCGUCUCGAGGAGAGAUCGAGUUCCGCGAGACGACCGCGUCGUACGAUACCAGCGGCGAUUCUCUGCUCGCGAUAGAUCAUGUAUCGCUGAAGAUCAAGCCGGGCGAGAAAGUCGCUAUCUGCGGCAGGACCGGCAGUGGUAAAUCGUCUUUGCUGCUGACGCUCUUUCGCCUGCUCGAACUCGACUCGGGGUCCAUCACCAUUGACGGGCUGGACGUGGCGCACAUUCCACAGAACAAGGUCCGGCGGAGCCUCAUUUCGGUGCCCCAAGAACCGACGCUCUUCCCGGGGACCAUCCGCUCCAAUCUCUGGCUUGCUCACGACGACAACGAAAGCGACAGCGACAGCGUGGCGCCCUCGGACGAUGAGCUCCGCAACGCCCUAGAGCGGGUCGAGCUCUGGGAGGCCAUAGCCUCGCAGGUCGAGGGCCUGAACACGGACGUCUCGACGGUGUCGCUCUCGCAGGGCCAGAAGCAGCUCCUGUGCCUGUGUCGGGCGGUGCUCCGCCGGGACACGAGCGCGGUGCUGGUGCUGGACGAGGCGAUGAGCGCGGUGGACGGGCACACAGAGCAGGUCAUGGUACGGGUGCUGGAGGGCGCGUUCGCGCGGCAUACGGUCGUGUCGGUGGCACACAGGCUCAACACGGUGCGCAAGUUUGACAGGGUCGUCGUGCUGGAGGCGGGGAGGGUGGUGGAGGUUGGGGAGCCGGAGCGGUUGCUGGAUAUUCCAGACGGGAGGUUGCGGGCUCUUUGGGACAGCCAGAACUGAAGGGCUGCGUCGUACGCGCCGCUUUCCAAGGAGCCAGCCUUGCACGACGGGCACGCCCGACCGGUUUGGAGGUUUAGCUUAGGAACGAUGGUCUUUAC